AUGUCUUUGACCAGAUCGAAAUAUAGAAGAAAUUAUCCUAACAACACUAGUACUGUUGGUUAUGUUGAAGGAUAUUCAGAUGGCAUAGGAUACGCUGGAAUUUCGGUCCGUGAAGGUAAUAAUGAAUCAACUGCUAUAGUGGUGACAGAUGGAAAUACCACUUAUUUUUAUUGUGAAGAACCGGUUUAUUAUUAUCCCUCUCAAUCAAAUUAUCGUUAUCCUUCUCAAUCGAGUUAUCGUUAUCCUUCACAAUCGAAUUAUCAUUAUCCUUCUCAAGAAUAUUCACGUUCUC